GACAGCAAAGAAAUAGUUAGAAACCUGCAGAGACAGAUAAACAUAUGAUAAUGGAAUAUCUUGACCAUAAGGCACUUUCCCAGAUAAAGUCUACCAUAUGUCUGUUUAUUUGCUUCUUCUUCUCUGUCGGGCAUGGAGAACAACGUGGUCGCAAGAUACUAAAUAAUGUAAGAAGCCUGAUAAAUGACACAUUGGAAAAGCUACCAGAAGACUGUGAUCCUAGCAUUAUAGUUGCUAGAAACAAUACUAGCGUACGGGUAGGCGUAGAUCCAACAGUGAAUCUUACUAUGGCUAUUAUUAUUUUCACGUUUGUGGGAAUUUUUGCUUCUGUUAUUGCUUCUUUAUUUCACAUGGUGCGAAAACAUGUUUACCACGAUGCUGAUAAUUUGGACACCACCUUUGAUGCAGGAGGAAAAGUAUCUAUUGGACUAACAGCUACAACCAUUGUAUCUCAGUGGACUUGGAGUGCAACCUUGCUCCAAUCUUCAACUGUAGCUAGUAAGUAUGGAAUAAGCGGGCCUUAUUGGUAUGCUGCGGGAGCUACUAUACAGGUUGUCUUGUUUGCCAUUUUGUCCAUUCAGCUGAAGACCAGAGCUCCAGGGGCCAAGACAUUCUUACAAGUGAUCAAAGCUCGUUUCGGUAAGAAGACCCACAUCACUUUCUGUGUCUUUGCAUGCUGCACCAACAUCGUAGUGGCUGUUUCUUUGACACUGGCUGGCGUUGCUGUACUUCACAGUCUAAUUAAGGGCCUCAGCAUGGAACUUGCUGUCUUUAUGUUAACUGCUGUUAUAGGUGGCUACACUCUGAUUGGUGGACUUGGAGCUACGUUUUAUGUUUCCUACUUCAACACCACGAUCAUCUUUAUCAUAUUACUCAUGCUGGUUACAGAAGUUUACUAUAACCCUUUGGGCCAUGAAGAUAAUUUGUUUGGAAGCUCCGACAAUAUAUACCGGUACCUAGUCUGUUCCUUAGGUCCAGAAGGAAACGAAGAGAGAAGUUAUUUGACCUUCCACUCCAGCGGGGGUUUUUUCUUCGGGAUUAUCAAUAUCGUAGGUAACUUUGGUACUGUCUUCUGUGAUCAAUCAUACUGGCAGAGCAGCGUGGCAGCCAAACCACUCCAGGGAGUAUGGGGAUUUAUCCUAGGAGGACUCACUUGGUUCGCUAUUCCCUUUUCUUUGGCUACUACAUUGGGUCUUUCAUACCUAGCUCUCAGCAGCGCUCAAGGUGAACCACUGCUGACUCCUGAGGAUGUAGACCGAGGUUUAGUAGUUCCUGUCGUAGCUCAGAACAUCUUGGGCAGCUUUGGGGAAUAUGCCAUGAUCUUCUUAAUUUUGAUGGCUGUUAUGUCUACGGGGUCAGCUGAGGUGAUAGCUGUCGCUUCCGUUAUUAUCUACGAUAUUUAUCAAGCGUACAUACAGCCUUUCAGAGUAAAUGUGAAAGAUGACGAAUGUAUAAUUUGUGGUAAACCUUACCCACCACCUGAUUCAAUCGAUGAAGCAGAUAAAUUUUGUCGAUGUAAAAGCAUGGUAUCAUGUAUCGACUGUCAGCAAGAUACUUCAAAUCGUACUGAGUGCAAGUCCCUAGUGAAACCACAUUUUACAUGUUCUGUUCAUAAAGAGUAUCGUGAAUACCAGGAACAACUAUUGAACUACAAAAACUGGUGUAUCAUGUGGACAACUAUCAUAAUUAACCCUUUAUUCUUGCUGUGUUAUGCUGCUAACUUGAAUCUUUCGUGGAGUUAUCUCUUCACUGGCAUCCUCAUCAGCUCCACGGUGAUUCCCAUCACCCUCUCUGUUCUAUGGUCCAGACUGAACGAGAAGGGGAUGAUUUCGGGUGCCAUAGGAGGGUGUAUCUGUGGUUUGGUGUCUUGGCUUGUAACUGCUUCUACUUUUCCUGGUGGUCUGGGGGACUUUCUGGCCAAUACAGGCAAGGAACUUCCAAUGUUAAUAGGGAACCUGGCAUCUGUUGGAAUGGGUGGAUUGCUCUGCAUUGUUGUUUCCCUAGCAACGUCAGAAUCUCUAUCUAAUGAAGAAAGUGAUCGUAUCUGGGAAAAAACCAGAAACAUUGAUAACCCCUUGAAUCCUUGGACAUACGUUUACCGUGAAGAACUCGAUAUAGAAAUUAAAGAGAAAUACCACGAUCGACCAUCCUUGGAAUCGGUGGUACAAACCUUUAAGACAGCCAGAACCAUUGCAUAUAGCGCAGGUAUACUGCUAGUUAUUUUCUUCAUUGGUGUAUGGCCAGGAGUAAUGGUCGCAGUAAGGAUAUUGGAUUCAAAAGGAUUUCUCGCAUGGACCUCAAUCUCCCGAGGUUGGACCUAUAUAGCUGCAGCUUUCAUCAUCAUUGUCCCAUGUAUACAAGAAAUAGGAACAAUACGAAGGCAGUAUCUUUCGAAUCAAAAGCAAAAUAAAAUCGUGAACAAGUAACAAUGAUAAUAUACUAUAACAUAUUCACAAUUCCUUUCAUGACAUAUAAGGUAUUCCCGUACAGUUGAUUAAUAUUAGUCGUAUAUUAAAUAUUAUUCAUAUCUAUAUAUUAAAUAAGGCAACAGUUGCAGACUUACCCGAUGCCUUUGGUGCGAAAUGCCACAAGGUGG